CGUCAUGUCUUUUUGAUAAAGUCGUUCCGGAACGUCGGAUUUUUGUAACUGGCAUAGAGAUAUAAGAAUAGAGGGAACAAGCCUGUAGCAUAUAUCCCUUGUCCCCUUUAUUCUUAUAUCUCUAUGGUAACUGGUGUAAGGGAGUGCUGCUGACCUGCCAUAACCAAAAUUCAACCAACCAACCAGAACGACAAGUGUUUUCGGAAAAUAGAGAGAUAUACAUACGAAGAAAACUAAUAAUGGCUUUGACAUGGGAUGAAAAGUACAAGCUCAUUACCAGAAAUUUGGCAGAAUGGCUGGGAGAUGAGAAACUGAAAAAUAUCCUAAAGGAACGUGAUCUUAAAUUAUAUUGGGGUACAGCUACAACUGGGAAACCUCAUAUAGGAUAUUUUGCACCUAUAUCCAAAAUAGCUGAUUUCUUGCGGAGUGGAACAGAAGUGACUAUUCUCUUUGCUGACCUCCAUGCGUAUUUAGACAAUAUGAAAGCCCCAUGGGAACUCUUAGAACUUCGUACUCAAUAUUAUGAAGUUAUAAUAAAAGGAAUGCUAAAAUCCAUUGAUGUUCCACUGGACAAUUUAAAGUUUGUUAAAGGAACAGACUAUCAGUUAACCAAGGAGUACACAUUAGAUGUGUAUCGUCUAAGCUCAAUGGUGACAGAACAUGAUGCGAAGAAAGCAGGAGCUGAAGUUGUCAAGCAAGUUACAAAUCCUUUGCUCUCCGGCCUUCUCUAUCCAGGACUACAGGCGCUUGACGAGCAACACUUACAGGUAGAUGCUCAAUUUGGCGGCGUUGAUCAGAGAAAAAUCUUUACUUUUGCGGAGAAAUACCUGCCCAUGUUGGGAUACGACAAACGUGUUCAUCUAAUGAAUCCAAUGAUUCCAGGCUUGGCAGGGGCAAAAAUGUCCUCAUCUGAAGAAGAUUCAAAGAUAGAUUUGUUGGACAAUGCCGCAGCCGUAAAGAAAAAGUUGAAGAAAGCAUUUUGCGAGCCUGGGAAUAUCACGGAUAACGGUAUCUUGGCGUUCUCCAAGCAUGUUAUAUUUCCGCUGUUCAAAAAUGGCGAGGUUUUCAAUGUACCAAGAUCCGCGGAGUUUGGUGGUAAUGUAUCCUUCAUCAAAUACGAAGACUUGGAGGCUGCCUUUGCGAGGCAGAAGAUACACCCUGGUGAUUUGAAAAACGCUGUAGAAAUAUAUAUCAAUAAACUUCUGGGUCCAAUUCGUAAGGAAUUUGAGACAAACUCGAAAUUGAAAACCUUGGCGAACAAGGCGUAUUCGCAACAAAAACAAAAAGCUGCAGAGGUGGACAUUACUCCUGCGAAACUGGAUAUUCGCAUAGGCAAAAUAAUCGAAGUGAAAAAGCAUCCUGAUGCAGAUACACUCUAUGUAGAAAAGAUAGAUUUAGGAGAACCGAAUGGUCCACGCACCAUAGUCAGCGGCUUAGUCAAUUACGUACCUUUGAAUGAGAUGGAAAAUAGAAUGGUAGUGGUCCUCGCUAAUCUAAAACCAGCAAAUCUCAGAGGAAUUUCAUCGCAUGGCAUGGUCCUCUGUGCUUCAAUCGAUGAACCAACAAGGCAAGUGGAACCUUUAAGACCUCCACAGGGCAGCGUGGUUGGCGAUAAAAUUAUUAUUGAAGGAUACGAAAAUGGAACUGCGGAUGAUGUGCUUAAUCCAAAAAAAAAAGUGUGGGAAAAGUUACAGGUUGAUUUGGUAGUGAAUGGAGAUGGCGUAGCUUCUUGGAAUGGAAACCUUUUAAUCACUUCGAUGGGUGGCAAGAUAACAAGCGAUACUCUUAAAAAUGUUCUGAUCAAAUAAUAGAUUAGAAACAUAUAUAGAUAUGACUAGCUUUGCUUAUCUCAUUUGCUUCAUUUAGCUGUGAUGUUGUUUAUCUUUUUAUGAACUAUUUCAUUUUUUACACUUUUCCAGCUUCUGACACAUGUAUGUAUGUAUAUGCAAAUAUUAAAAUAAAAUAAAA